CGAUGCGACUGUCGUAAAACGGGGAAAUGUCGUGAAGGGCGGUCCGGCGGGGCCUUCGGCGGAGAGAGCGGCCGGGCCCGGCUGCCGGCACUUAAUGCCCCGUGUCCUGGCGGCCGCCUGCCCCUCCUGCUCCAUGUGGGGUCCGGACCGGGCUCUCGGCCUCUCUUCUUCACUUUCCUUCUACUAUGGCCAGGAAAACAGUUAGCAGGAAGCGGAAAGCGGCGGCAGCGUCCGCCGCGGGGCCCGGGGGGCUCUAUGGGGAGCAGUAUGGAUGGGAUCAUUCAGCGCACAAAAGGAAGCGGCUCCCCCCAGUGAAGCGGUCACUGGUGUAUUACCUAAAAGGCAGGGAGGUCUGGAUGCAGAAUGAGUCGAGCUACCACCGCCUGUUGCAUGGAUAUGCAGCGCAGCAGCUUCCCAGCCUCCUGAAGGAGAGGGAGUUUCAUCUUGGAACUCUCAAUAAAGUGUUUGCCUCCCAGUGGCUGAACCACCGGCAAGUGGUGUGCGGGACAAAAUGCAACACAUUAUUUGUGGUAGAUGUCCAGACUGGUCAAAUUACCAAGAUUCCUAUUCUGAAAGACCGUGAGCCUGGCAUGGUGAACCAGCAAGGCUGUGGGAUUCAUGCAAUUGAGCUCAACCCCUCAAGAACCCUUCUGGCUACAGGUGGAGACAACCCCAACAGUCUUGCAAUUUAUCGUCUGCCUACACUUGAUCCUGUCUGUGUGGGAGAUGAUGGACAUAAGGACUGGAUAUUUUCAAUUGCAUGGAUCAGUGAUACUAUGGCUGUUUCUGGUUCUCGGGAUGGUUCAAUGGGUCUCUGGGAAGUCACAGAGGAUGUGCUGUCCAAAAGUGACGCCAGGCACAACUUGUCUCAAGUUCCUGUCUAUGCCCACAUUACACACAGGGCUCUGAAGGAUAUCCCUAAGGAGAACACCAAUCCUGACAACUGCAAAGUUCGAGCGCUGGCUUUCAACAAUAAAAACAAGGAGCUGGGAGCUGUGUCCCUAGAUGGGUACUUUCAUCUUUGGAAAGCUGAGCACACAUUGUCGAAGUUACUCUCCACGAAAUUGCCAUACUGCAGGGAGAACGUGUGUUUGGCUUACGGUCAGGAGUGGUCAGUGUAUGCAGUAGGAUCACAGGCACAUGUCUCCUUUCUGGAUCCGAGGCAGCCUUCUCACAAUGUUAAAUCUGUCUGUUCCAAAGAACGAGGCAGUGGCAUUCGAUCAGUGAGCUUCUAUGAACACAUCAUCACUGUGGGAACAGGGCAUGGUUCCUUAUUGUUCUAUGAUAUCAGAGCCCAGAGGUUCCUGGAUGAAAGGCCCCCACGUGCCUGCUAUGGACAAAAGCAGAAAUUAGGGGGGAGUGAAAUUUUGAAGCUGACUACAGGGAAAGGUUGGCUGAAUCAUGAUGAAACCUGGAGGAAUUAUUUUUCUGAAAUUAAUUUCUUCCCAAAUGCUGUUUACACCCACUGCUACGACUCAUCUGGAACAAAGCUCUUUGUGGCAGGCGGCCCCCUUCCUUCAGGACUUCACGGGAAUUACGCUGGUCUCUGGAGCUAAUGAUAACUCUUUACAAAUGCUGAUCCUUACACAGUUUUCUACUUUCUUUUCCUUUGUUUUAACAAUGAAUGAAACUGUGUGAUACCAUUGAAUUUUGGUUUAAGUACAAGUUAUUUUUUGGCAGAGCUUUCUGUUGGCCUCCAACAGUUCUACACAUCUCUUUGAACCAGUUCUUUGCUUUAACCUCCUCGAUCCUUUAUAUGAUGGGUGUUUGAUAUCUCUCUUUAUUUUAUUUACUCCAAAUGACUCUUUCCCCACAUUUAGGCUAUCUUGGCCACGUGCCCCCUCCCCUACUUUGCUGCGAGGUAGGAUUCCUUUCUAAUAGAGUGGUUGCUCCUGUGCUUUCUGUGAAAGUCCAGGGGCUGUGUGAGUGCAGGUACUUUGUGUCAGUUACAUUACCUGGAGUGAGGACUACUUGUAAUUAAAAAAUAUUAAAAAUAUUUAUAAGAGAUAAGCUACUACUUUAUCUGCAGAGCCUGGCCCUGGCCUGGGUUGAUCUUAUUUUUUAAAAGUACAAGUCUAAUGAUACUGUUUAUAUGUAAAGGAAUACAGUAAUUUUAAGCUGUACUCAUUGGAGCCCAGGGACAGACUCCCCAGGGGUGUUACCCAUCAAGCCCAAACUGCAGAAGCACAGGAGUUCUCAAAAGUGCAUUUACAUUUUAAUUGUAGUUUUCAGCAGAGCCAGGAGCAAAAACAUGAUCUUCUGUUCCUGUACUUGAUCCAGGUAUCAGCUUGCACAGCUGGAGUUUGAGUAGACUGUUCUGCAGCAUGGCUGCUGCAGAAUAACAUCACAUUGAGGGCCUGCAGAGGUGAUGAAAGGAAAUGGGGGCUGGGGAUACGAGUUUUAAUGACAAGAAAAAGUGAACUAAACUAUUUUCUGAGCGAGCCAAGGUUCCCAAGUAUGCUGCUGUGGUAGCUCGUGGGUUAUUUUUAGACUGCCUAAAGCCCAGGUUUUUUGUCCCAGGUUAUGCAAUUUUUUCAAUUUUUUAUGUGUUCUGGUUGUUAAGGUUGUUAUCCAUCUCCUCUGAUAAGCCAAUGGAAUAAAGAAACUAUUUUUUCCUCUAAGGUUAAAGAGUAUGUCUCAGACUUGUCUAAUGCAGGCUAAAAGCUUACCACGUAGCAAGAUAACUUGCUGUUAGUUCAUGUUGCAUUAGUAUCCACUGUCAUCUAGCUUGCUAUAGGAGAUGUUUGGUCUUUUCCCUAGGCUCCCCUACUGCCUUCUCUGUUUGAACUCCCUUGAAUUUCACUUGGGACUGUGGGUGGGGUGAACAGAUCCAGUGCCUUUUGGGUCCAGCUGUGAAGUGUAUGUGCUUAAGCAUGGUGAUCUUAUCUAAUACCAGGCUAAAAUGCAGGGCUCUGGAGUGCUAUUCCUGGUCUUCCAGCAGGCACCAGGAACUCUUGCCUUGUUACCAUCUUCUGCUGGCAUGAAUGCUGGAGCAGAGUGCAUGCCUUGGCCUCGCUGUUUUGGUGCCAAAUGAGCAGUUGAAGCUGAGGAAAAAAGGCAAGACUGGGACAUGCUCUUUUCUCCUGUCUCUGCUGGAGAUUACAGCUGCCACAGUAGAGUGACUCUGUUUUCUGCAAGAGUUCCUGCCAUAUUCAUCAGAGCUACUUACCACAGUCUGAUUGUGUCCUUGCAGUCCCUCUUGUCUUCGUACCCAGCCUCUCCAUUGGUAGUGCCAAGCAGUGAGGCCCUGGCUUGCAUCUUUGACUGAUGGGAUUACACAAUGUAACAGUUUGUUCCUGAGAGGGAGCAGGCUGGUUUAUCUGGCAUUAGGCAGCAAGGAGAGAAGGUAACUAAUUGUAGCAGACCGUCAGUCCUUUCUUCCUGCUAUUCAACUUUUCAGGAAUGUGGGAUCUUGUGCUGCUAUUGAUUGUAGGAAGCUGUUCAUUUUACCUCUCACCUCUUUUAAGUAGACUACAUUUUUCGUAUUUAUAAUCACAUGCAAUCAAACUAGUGACUUAUAUGUUCAGUCAUGCCCAGCUUGCAGUACUGGGAGACAACCCCUCAACAACAAUCAGGUGUUAGGUAACAGACAUUCCCAUGGAAGCCGAACCUACAGUGCAAUGUAAACUUGAGCAUAGCAUUGCGAGUGAUGCCCACUCUCUUCACAGACACCUUGUUCCUGGUCAUUCCUCCAGCCUUCCCCAUUGUACAGUCAGCUCAGCCAAGGAGAAGUGCUGCUGUUCUCCCCAGGAGUUUUCUGGGACUGUUGUAAAGAAUUGAGUUCAUUUGUUUUGUUCCUUCAUCAGUGCUACUGGUGUUAGUCCAAGGUGAGUAAAUUACCAAAGAAUAGUAAGUAGGUGUUUGUUCAUAGACUCAGUUGUUCAUUUUCCACGUAAAUCCAUUUUAAAAUACUUUGCAAGAGUGCCCAGAGACCUGACCGGAUUUAGUCUGUCCACAAAGGUUGCAUUUGUAUUGUGAGUGAUUCUUGUGACUCCCUUAAUGAGGGAGACUCCUGAAUUUCAUUAUGGGGAUAUUUUUGCUGCCUCUGUUUGAAGCCUUUGGCAGCGUUUUUGUAUCUUAAAGAUGAAGAUAAUUGUGUAUCAGUUACUCUUCUGUAGAAUUUCAUCCUCUUUCUUCACUUUGAGCACUUGCUUUGUAUAUAGCUUGCAGCUGCAGAGUUACAAAAUUAAAGUUGUGUUCCAUCUAUAUUAAGUGGUGGUUUGGUGUCUUAAUUUUUGCCCUUCAGCUGAGAGGGACUAAUUGACCUUGUGAUGAACAGAUGUCCCUCACCUGGUGCAAAUGUGAAAUAAAGCAGGCUUAUUAAGAGUGUGGAGGUUGCCUGUUUUGUUCGAUUGCAAGAAACCAAGAACAGAUUGGCCAUCAGUCACUGCAUCUCAGCAACACAGCAGCAUCUUACAGCAGCUAGGUGGGAGCUCUGAGAUCCAUCUGUGGUGGUCUGAUACUCUUGUUUUCUAUAAGCCCACAUUUCCAAGGUGUCUGAGAGGUUCUUAAUCACUCUGUUGCAACUGCUGCUAUAACUUGGUCACUCAUCUUGGAUACAGCUCAUUCCUAGGAGUACAUGCUGUGUGAUGCAGGCAGAGCUGACCCUCUGGCUAGCUCCUGCUGCACUAGCCGUACACCCCCCCUUCUGGCUUGAAGUCAAGUGAAAAUUGCCCAUUGUGCACUGCUGGUCACCCCAGAGCUGCAACCCAUGAUGUGACCUCCACUUAAAAUAAGUUUGAGUGUUGCAAUGCCUUCAUAGCUUAUUUUAAAGGCUUUGAGGUGCAUACACCAGGGAUUUGUCCAUGUUGCAUACAAGGAGAGCAGAAAUACAGCCACAUCUUGUCUGAAGGGGUGUCCUGUGUGUGCUUUCUCUUGCUUCUGCACUUCAUUGUGGUGAGGAUGGGCAAGAGAGAGCACAAGAAAAGAAGAAAGCCCAGCUGGGUGGUACUGCUCUCAGAACACUUGAUUUUAAUAACGUUGGGGGAAUGCUUAUUGGUUGCUGAGGAGGUACUUGUAAAAGGGCUUAAUCAGAAACAUUUUCAGAGAGGUCAAGUGGCUGUCCCUUCCAUUCUUUUUUAUUUUUUCCAUGUUAAUUUUUUAGGACUUAAAUUAGGAGGUAUCUUUUUACUUACUAUGCUGUGUUUCUUCAUCAAAACCAUGUGGUGUUUUGUUAUUUAAAAAAAAAAAAAAACCUGCUCUUGUCAGAAAGGAAUCUUCAUGAUUGAAAAUUGAGUGCCAUCUUCUAGUAGCCUCUAAUAUCCCUCUGGGAUUGAAAAGGUCUGAGUGCACACAGACCCAACAUGGGGUUCCAGCACUGGUGGAAUGGGAAAGUGUAGGCUGCCUGACCACUUCUGGACUGGAAAAAAAAAUCAAUCAAAUAAAACACUUGAUUACAUACAAAUCCUGUUCCUCGGGCUGAAGCCAAAAGAGGGAUGUAUAAAAAGCCUUGCAGCAUACAGUGGGCUGUCUCUAGUUCUGGAUGUCAGUUCUUUGAUCUCAGAACAAAAAUCUAGGAAUCAAUACUUGGUUUUCUUAGAAACUGCUUUUUUAGAUUCCCUUAUUAAGAGGGAAAUUUCAGGUGCUGAAUUUUAAUCUCAUUGAACUUGUACUUUUUUAUUUACCCAUUCACCUGGUCUCAUUUCCUUUUCAAGGCCUCCCACAGUCUCAGGGUGUAUAAAUCACUAUGACUCAUCCAAAUAAUGCUGAAAAUGGACCAACCAGAGGUUAAUGUGCCUUUCUCUUCUGGUACCUUGAUCUUUGUAAAGUUAUCUCACAAACUCGUCGCUGUCUUAGGGCUGGAUGCAUGCAUUGUCUUUUUCUAAGAUGAAUGUGUUGAAGUUGCAACAGGUUUGUACUGUUAACUUUUUGUGACUUGUUUCAUUUGUUUUAGGAUCUGGUGUAGGCAAAAAUCAAUGCACUGGUUUGUCUUGGAAUAAAUCUUACCUGUGACUUCUGUCAGUGCUUGCUUUUUUGUUAACGUGUGCUCAGAUGCUGGCUCUUCCCCAUCGCCUCUGAUGUAAUUGCAUAUGAUGCACAAACUACAGAAGGUGUUUUAAAACGUGUGCUGAUCACAACUUGUUGCCUGAGGGCAGAAUGCCCUACAAUGAACUGUUUUUAAUGUUGUUUUUUUAUUCCAAAUAUGUUUAAAGCUCCAAAGCUCAGAGGGUGAGGUGGAGAUCAGGACGUGCUGACACUUGCUGGCUUUUGUUCUGAAUCCAGGUUCUGAUGUUAAUAACUGCAAUUCCAUCUGUUUAACAGAGCCUUUCUCAGCUUGCUGUUUCUGUCAUGAACUGUGUCAAACAGCACUGUGCCCUGAACGAUCUCAGAAGCUGUCGAAGGCACCAGUAAUAGCUCUUCAAAUGUUAUAGUGCAUGUUUUUACCUGCUGUGUGAAACUUUAAAGUUAUUGACGCAGCUUGCAGUGGGAAGCUGUUGGGAGCAGGCAAAAACUAGCCUGUCUGCUGGUGGGCCUUGCUGUUCAGAGUUUGUGUAUGUUUUUUCCUCUUUGAAAGGUGUUUUUUUGUUUCCCAAGACAAAGGCAUAAUGUGUUUGGCUUUGUUUUCCGAAUUGGCAAAUUAUAUCUUUAUUCUUAAACUGACAUCUGGAGUUUGAGCUGGGUUUCUGCCUUUUAUGCAGAUAGAGUGUGAUUGAUACAAGAUGUCUAUUCCCAGUUAAUCUGAUCCUAAAAGCAUGGAAAUGGGAGCACUUCUUCACUUCCUGUCAUCUUAAAUGGGCAUAUAUAUCCAUAACUAACUGAAGUUCUGAAUUCUGUUGAACCAUGAGAUUACCUUUGUCUUUAGAAGCAGCAUGACUAGCUGUCAACCUGCUUACCUUAAUACAUCGUCUCAGAGCUCUAUGGUUUGUGUGUUCCCUGUUAUAGCUGAUCUUGGUACCGGCAGCAUGAGUUUAACCUUUUAGUUCUUGUCAACUCUAGAGUUUCUUCAAAACUAAGGCCUUGUUUUUAUCAGUCAGUUUCCAGUAGAACAGAUCGGUUUCACUUUAUUUUGUGAACUUCAGUGCUUUCCACUUCUGACAUUUCUUCCUAGUUCAAACUCUUAACAGUCUUCAAAGCUUCUUACCUGGUCUGGAAAAUAUCAGGUCAGAGUGAGAAGAACCUGUGGCCCACUGUAGAAAGAUCUCUCUGUUCUUUUACCAUAAACUUCAAUUACUGUCUAGACAACUCAGAUAUGGAGACUCCGCUCUUGCAAGGUCUACAGAGACUGAAAUUCUCACACACCUGUACUGUACAGUGGAUGUCAGGAGAUUGUGAAGUAAAUUAAGGUGCCCAGCAUUGGUGCAAUCCUUGCUUAAACUGAUCAGUGGUGCUUUGGUCAGCUAGGAAAUUGGAAUCUGUGGCUGUUAUGUCAACACUGCAGCUAAAGAUCUCUGAGCAGAAAGGAAGGAGGGCGCAUCUCUAAUUUUGUGCUGAUUUUUUGAUCCCAUUUGGAGGCUUUCUCCACAUGUGUGCAUGUAAUAGAUUAUGAAAAAAAAUGUAAGUAGAGCUAAACUCUAACCCUGUGCUUAAAAGGCAAAAGUUGUUACAAUUAGCUUUGGCCAGCAGUAAUACCCAAGGCUGCUCUGCACUCAGACGAGCCAGUGUUUGAGCAGUGGAAGCUGUGAGGUUUUGCUCCAUCGUACUUCAUGCUUAUGUCACUACAGAACCGCUCCCAGAACUUGCAAAGCUACUGCUGUCAUCUUUGGAUGAGGUGUGAAGAUGACAUGGGAAGAAUCAGUGGUCAGUUGCUCUCUCCCUCACCACUGAAGCUUACCAGUGUGCUUGUCUCUUCGUUUUCAUGAUGACUUAGAGCACUGUGCUUUGCUCCCACCCACCUCCAUGCACUUUGAGCUGGGAUGGACCAGAAGGGCCCUGUCUGCAGCUCCAUCUUGUUCAAAAUGCAUUGUCUCCAUGCUCGGUCUCUGCCUUGCUCCCUUCUUGCUGCUCCUCUGGACUCCAGAAGGUUCUUUGCUGUCUCAUGGUUUACCCAGGUACCAGACCUGCAAGGCUUGGGGCCGCUUGUAUGAGCCCUGCUGCAGCUCGAGACUUCAGUGCUUGCUUGAAGCAUGCUGAGUCGGGGCCUCACCAUCUGCCUGCUCCUGUUACUCAGCCCUGAUGUCUGCCCCAGCUGGUAUCCCCCCUUUCAGCCUGAAGGGCUUUGCUCCAAGUUCAUUCCUGUACCAGCCAUGAAGGACUUGCUGGUUAUUUCAGUUGGCUUUUAUUUUUCUCAUUCUGGGAUUCACUGCAAAUGUACAAAAUCCUACUGAUUUCACAGCUCUCUCCUGGACAUGGUACAGGGGCCCACCCUAGUGAGGCAUUGGUAUUAUUUGUCUACUUCUAAGGUGUGCAGAAACAAGGAUUUCCUGAACAAUUUUUAGGGAGGAGAAACAGCUGCAUACGCACAAAUGGAAUGGUAUCUCUGGAUGGAAUAGGUGAGGGAGCAGUUUAAGAACUUAAAAUAUAGGAACAGAGUAACUGAGGCUGUUCUUAUUGCUUUAAAAGGAGAUUUGUUUUAUAACCCACAGAAAGUUGCAGUGUUAAUGGGGGUUCUGUUCAUCGACAUAAAAUGUGUGCCUGAAUGACAAUGCAGAAGUCAGUGUCUUGUUUGUUAUGCAAGAAUUUUAACUGCAGACUGAUUUGAUUCUUGUUCUGAAGUGUUACCAUCCAUACCACAGUCCUUACUGGUGCCUCCCAAGCACCAUGCAGCACUGCCCCAAUCUAAAAGGAAAAAGGGAGCAUGGAGCAGUGGAACCUGCUGAACUUCGUUGCUUUGCAGAGACACCGGACAAAAGAAACCAGGUUCCAUCUGGCUUAAAUACAGCUUUAAACCAGUGCAGCUCCUCUCAGAUCAGCACCCCUUCCUACCUUCUCCUCUGUUUAGAUGGGAAUACAAAAGUAAACAUAGCAAUAUGUGAUCCAAUUGACAUGCUUGCAGAUGGAACAUGGGGUUUUUGAAAUGCAAAGACUGAGAUUUCCAGUUAUGUGGAAGAACUUGGUGUGAAUGCAAGAGUUUGGAUCUUUGAUUACAGCUCUUCUGCCAGCUUGCUAAAUGCAGUCAAGUACUCUGGACUCUUCUGAAUAAGGCUGUGGUAGAAGAGCUGUGAAGGUGCAGGCUGGAACUGAUCAUUUUUGGUCGCAUCUGUGUUGUUUAACCACACUGACGAUGUAACAGUGAUUUUUACAGGUUGCUUCCCAUGUCUCAGUCGGGGCUCUUAAUUUGCUUUUGGGGAAAACUGUUAAUAGGUGCAUUUCCAGAUCAAAUUAAGAGCUUUGUUUUCCAUCUUAUAUUAACCGGGUUACUGUGUUCUCAUGCCAGAAGGACUUUGCUCUUUGAAAAAGCAUGUUAGUGUAUGUGGCAAUGACCCAUGCACUUUUUAAAUACCUAAACCUGUGUGUUUUCACCUGAGCGUCGUUAACCAUGCUGUAGUCUGACAAAUGAAUCUUUUACUACUGCCCUGUUCUACAGAUAAUUGUAAUUAACUGCAGUUUGUUUUUCCGAUACUUGAAGUUGCGUGAUCUGAAAAUUGGUGAGCAAGACGUAUUUGUGCAUCUUACUAUGGGUAUCUCUAAAUAAAAUGCAUUUGUAUAGCG